AGCUAAUUUAAUUUCGAAAAUCGUUCACCAAGCCGUCAGUUUCAUAUCCGGCAGUAUUCUAGUACUUCGUUGUUUAAUAUUUUCAUGAUUCCUUUCCGGCUGUCAUUUACAAUCAGAAGAACAUGGCUCCGCGAUAUGAAAUCUGCGUUGGUCUGAACAAGGGUCAUAAAACGACCAAGAUAAAGCAGCUACAAUACCGCGGUGAUCGUAAGGUCAAAGGAAUUCGCCCUUCCAGGACUAAGGGAAUUCAGACUAAGCACACCAAGUUUGUUCGCGAUUUGGUUCGUGAGGUCGUUGGUCACGCACCGUAUGAGAAGCGUGGUAUGGAAUUGCUGAAGGUGUCCAAGGACAAGCGUGCAUUGAAAUUCCUGAAGCGUCGUCUCGGCACUCACAUCCGCGCCAAGAGGAAGCGUGAGGAACUGUCCAACAUUCUGGCCCAUAUGCGAAAGGCCGCUCAUAAGUAAGCGUCCGAUUGGUCGCUUUUCAUUUGUGUAAGAAUUUAAAUCCGCAAAAUAUUCUUAAAAACCGUAAAUAUAAUAUACGUUUGAAAAAA